CCCGCGCGCCGCCGCCGCCGCCGAAGGGGCGGGCGGGAAACCGGACGGAGCGGGGAUUCGCCGAGCCCUCCCCCGGCCCGGCCCGGCCCGGCAUGCGCCGCAGCGCCCGGGAACAUGGCCCGGCGGAGCCCGCCGCGCAACGGUGGCGGCGGCCACGACUUUGAUGCCAAGAAGAAAAGAAAAGUGGCUGAGAUCUACCAGGCCCUGAACAGUGAGCCCAUCGACGUGGCAGCUCUGCGGCGCAUGGCCAUCAGCGAGGGCGGGCUGCUCACUGACGAGAUCCGCUGCAAGGUCUGGCCCAAGCUGCUCAGCGUGAACACAGACGACCUGCCCCCUCCUCCAGGGAAGGAGCUGCGGGAGGACAACAAGGAUUACCAGCAGGUGUUACUGGACGUGCAGCGAUCCCUGCGCCGCUUCCCUCCAGGGAUGCCAGAUGAGCAGAGGGAAGGUUUGCAGGAGGACCUCAUCGACAUCAUCCUGCACGUGCUGAAGCGCAACCCCCAGCUGCACUACUACCAGGGCUACCACGACAUCGUGGUCACCUUCCUGCUGGUGGUGGGCGACCGGCUGGCCACAGCCCUGGUGGAAAAGCUCUCCACGCAUCAUCUCAGGGAUUUUAUGGACCCAACGAUGGAUAACACCAAGCACAUCUUAAAUUACCUGAUGCCCAUCAUAGACCAGAUGAACCCUGAGGUGCAUGACUUCAUGCAGAGUGCUGAGGUGGGAACCAUCUUUGCCCUGAGCUGGCUCAUCACCUGGUUUGGGCACGUCCUGUCUGACUUCAGGCACGUGGUACGAUUGUACGACUUCUUCCUGGCCUGCCACCCGCUCAUGCCCAUCUAUUUUGCUGCCGUGAUCGUGCUGUACCGAGGGCAGGAAGUUCUGGACUGUGAGUGUGACAUGGCCUCUGUCCACCACCUCCUGUCCCAGAUCCCACAGGACCUUCCUUACGAGAGACUCAUCAGCAAAGCUGGGGACCUUUUUGUGCAGUUCCCACCAUCCAAACUUGCCAAGGAGGCAGCUCAGCAGCAGGCAGAACGAACCGCAGCCUCCACGUUCAAGGACUUUGAGCUGGCGGCGGUGCAGCAGCGCCCAGACGCCCUGAGGAGACGCUUCAGGGAACGGCCUCGGGCCGAGGAGCGGACAAAAUCCAUCCUGAGGAAGCCCAGGACCAACCGCCUGGUGAAGCUGGCGGUGAUGGGGCUGACGGUGGCGCUGGGGGCGGCCGCCCUGGCCGUGGUGAAGAGCGCGCUGGAGUGGGCGCCCAAGUUUGAGCUGCAGCUUUUCCCUUGAGGCCGGAGGAGGGGCCCCCCCAGCCCCUGCCAGCGCCCCCUGGCCCGGGGCCAGCCACUGCCUGCGCCAGGGACUCGCCACAAGUGACCUGUGUGAGGAGGUUUUAGUUCUUGCUGCGUCAGGUGAUGCUUUCUUUGGCCUUGGCAGCGGGGACAGACUGGGAGGGGAUGGGAUCAGCCCAGCAGGAUUGAUCCCCUGCACCCUCCACCCUGGGCAGCGCUGAGCAGCUGGAGCUGUGGGGGCUCGGACCCUGUGGGCUGCACACAGGUGACUGUGCGAGUGCAGAGCUGUGCUGGAAGGAUGCCACGUCCUCCCCGGGUGACAGACCCUGCCCCAGGGGUCGGUGCUGCAGCAGGGGUUGGCCUGGAGGGGGGUGUGUGUGGGGGUGUGUGUGUGUGGGGCUGUUACACUCCUGAGGAGCAGGGCAGUCUCUGGCUCCGUGUCUGCCAGCCUGUCCCACCACUGCUCUGACCCUUCCCUUUCCCAGAGGCAAGCCCAGCGUGGAGCCAAACCUUCCACAAGCCCCUGUCAGGUUCUCUUCAGCGUGUCACACUCCCUGGCUCCUUGUGCUUCCUCCCCUGGGCAGCCUGAUCUGUUUACAGAAGAAAAGGGCAGGGGAUGGGGUCAGACCCGUGGCAGUUUGGCUCUGAGGCUCCUUCCCAGGCAAUAGCACAGUCAGAUCUCGGGUCAGUGAGGUCAGAGACGAGUGUGAGUCUCCGAGCCCAAGGUAUGUGCUGUCACACACCAGACCCUGCCACCACAAGUCUUGGCAGCACCAUAAAUGCCUGGUGCAGGCUGGUCUUUCACAGGCUCCAGAGAAAGGCAUUUUCCACCUUAUGAAGCACUUUGCCCAGGACAGAAGUCAUUGUGGUGAGAAAUCUGUCACGAGUCUCCCCCUGGGGCUGACCAGGCUUCAGUGUCACCUCCCCACGAGGGAGGAGGUUUCCCAAAAGUCCCCCCAUGUAUCUCCUGUCUCCCCCCAGCCCUGGGAGCAGCCCUGGCUCUCCCUGCCCUCCCAGCUCAGCAGCGAGCCCUGCACAGCUCAGUGUCCCAUACAGACAAAGCCAAUAGACACCACAUGCCUCUACCUCUCCCCUGAGCUGCUCAGCCUCCCUCAAGUGCCCUUACCUGUCCCUUACAGCUCCCCCCACCCCCACCAUUGCUGUGUGUGCCCAGAGCCAUCCGUGCCGUGCCCAGGGGGGUGCAAACCUGGAAAGCAGCUGUUGGUUGAAGAGUUUUGGGAUGGAGAGAAGAAAGCUGGUGUGCUGCAAAGCUCAGCCCCCUCCUGUCCCACCCCACUGCCCCUCCAUUCAUACCCACUGCAGGGGCAGGCCUGGGUUGUCCCUUGGGCCCUCACUCCGUGGGCUGUGCCUUUCUGACCCGAGCUGGCCCCAGGGCCUGUGGGCACUUGUCAGGCCUUGCCCCUGUUUCCAUAAACCCCUGAGCAGAGGUUUCUCUGCUGGAGUCAGGAGCCGGUGAGUCUGCUCUCACACAGGCAGGGCAGUGAGCCAAAGCCCCUGGGGCUGGUGCCAGGGCUGUACAUGUCACUGGCAUGGACUGGGGGCUGCUCAGGGGUCUCCUCCUGCAGUGUGGCUGAAGGCAGAGCCUGUUUCUGGCCCCUCAUCACUGCUGGGGGGUGGGGGGAUUUCGCACUUUAGAGCCUCGUGGUGCAGGAGAGGCUGUGGGGAGCUGGGGGUGCUGCCAGAGGCCCCUCCAGUGCCUCGAAGGAGGGGAUGGCCAGUUCCCCCCCAGGGAAGCCCCUGCAGCCCCCCACUCUCUGGCCAUGAUGCACUUUAGUCCUUGUGUGGUCCUGGGGGAGGGAGGGCUGGGGGGGAGACGGUUGCUUGGGGUGCAGCAGUUGCUGUGUACAGACUCACACCCACCUGUGUAAAUGCAGAUUUGUACAAACCCAAUAACUGUACAAUAAACAGUUACUAAACACA